CUCCCUCUUCACCUCCCUACUCUCUCCCUCUCUCUCUCACCAUCUAAUCUGAUUGUCUCAUAAUUUCCCGAUUUUCUUCUGCUCAUCUCAAUCCAAUUCCGGCCCCUCACCUCUCCCUUGCUUUGCUUCCUUCGGUAAUCCAUCGCUUCUUCCUCAUUUUCACCCCAAGCAAAAAGGUCAAUGCACCGACUCGUUUUCUCUUUUCUUGUGGAUCUGCGUUUCUCCUCGGAGCUCAUUCCCGUGUCUGAAUCUGUACAAAUCUGUCCCGGGUUCUCACAAGCGGAGUUGCAUCUUUGAAUGGUUUGUGAGUUUGUUCAUGGGGUUCUGCUUCUCUUCUGAUUCUUGCAUUUUUCAUUUGGGGCCUCAGAGGGUUGCGGCUUUUGUUCUGAGAACGAGCGGCUGAUACGAGGCUUGCACAAGCAAAGCGUAUUAUUUUUGUCUGAUAUAGACAAAACUAGAGCAUCCAGAGGACAAGAGUAUAAUAUCCCCCUCAGGACCCAGUCAUGUACAGAUCAUUCAUGACAUGUGAUGAUCCAAAAGGAGUCGUGGAAUGUGGGGCAAUCAGAAAGUCCAGGUCUGGAUCACAGAAGAUGAAGGACAAGAUGAAGAGCCGGAGGACGGCUGAGAAAUCUGAAGCAUCUUUUCCAAAAAAGUCAGACAGAGAAGAAAUGGUCCCAAAAGGAUCCACACAAAGUUCUGUCGAUCCAUCUUCCUUGCAGCUUAUGGAGGUCUCUAGAGGGGCUCAAAGGUUGAACAACAUGAUUGAUACAUGGUCUAGGGAUAGGAGAUGUAAUGGAAGGUCUGGAGAUAUCGCAAAAGAUUUGUUGAAAGGAGCUCUUGAUCUCCAAGAAUCUCUAGUCAUGCUUCGCAAGUUGCAAGAAGCUUCACAGCACAAGUCCUGUUCGAAGAAAAAACAGAAUGAGAAACCUCAAAGAGGAAGAAUUGAUGCAAAGAUGAUGGAUUACACUAACAAAGUCAGUGAACAAAGCUAUCCAAUGGGAUAUGAAAGACCUUGCCUUUCUGUUGAUGGUUCUUCAAGAAAUUGCACAGAGGAGCUUAAGAAAGUGAUCAAAGACAGUCUGGUUAGGCAAAAUCUGUUUACUAUGCCAAGUUCUGAAGGAUUAGAUUCAGCAUCUGAAAUUCCCUCGACAAGCUCAAGCCAAUCUUCUGGGAUUCAUACUGAUAGGCUUUCUGAUUCAUCUUUUUCAUCAGGCACUUCAAAGGUGAGGGGAAACAAUCUAGUUGCCAAGCUAAUGGGUUUAGAAGAAGCCCCCUCAAGACCACUUCCAGCUGCUGCGCAGAAACAGUUGCAAGGUGAAAAGAUUCUGAAUCAAAAGAGACCUACAUUUGAGAUAGAUAUCCCCAAGUUAAAGAAGACUAGUAAUGUAAUUGAGAAGGUUGAUCCAGAACGAAGGAAGACCCUGAGUGAAAUUCUUGACGCUAUUCAUUUCAAAGGAUUCUUGAAGAAGAGUUCUGUCCUAGAGCCUAAUCUUUGGAUUCAUCAUUCCGAUGAUUACCAUCCCAAACAAAGUGAUGAUUUACCGCCAAUUGUACUUAUGAAACCUCGAUGUUGUUCAUACCAGGAAUCAAUUAAAUCCCCUGCACCUGUUCCUCCAAAACCAGAAGGUCUAUCCCUCAGAAAACCAAAAGCGGAGGUAGUCCCUUCCAAAUCAUUUAAACAAAAAGGUUCCACCAGCAUGGGGAGCAGUAUGAAAGAUGUAACCAAAAGGCUUACACAUGAGGAAAAGCCUAGAAUCCUCAACGAGUUCGUGAAACUGGAUGAGAAAGCAAUGAUGCCCGUUGAAAAGUCUCCAAAUAUGGUGAAAUCAUAUAGUCAUAUAAGUCAUAAACCACAGGUACAGGAGGCAAUUGAGAAAAAAGCUAAGGUGAAAACUGUUACAAAAAAGCUGCCAGAAAAGGAGAUCAUAAGGCCUAAAAUUUUGACAAAGUCCCAAGAUCGAGGAGAAAUUACCUCCACAAAGUCGCGGACAUCACCUAGUGAAUUGACCAUAAUCAAGGAGAUUCCCUGCCAGCAUAGCACAGCUUUGAUCAUCAGCUCAAAGACAAAAACAACAAAGCAUAAAGAUUUCAAACAGAGAAAGAAUCAGAAUAAUAGCCAGAAGCUCAUUCCAGAGCCUGAAGCAGCUAAACCUAUUGAUGAACAAUCAGGACGGGAAGAAGAGAAGAGUGUUGCUGUUCCUUGUAAAGAUGAUUGCGCUGAGAUUAGAACUAUAGCUGAACAUGCAGUUGAAUUUCCAGUGGAACAUGAAGUAGAUGCCUCCCCGAGUAAGAUAGAUGAAGAUUGUUAUCAGAGCUCGAACUCUUUAGGUAAUGAUGUUGCACCAUUAAAGGUUGAGCACGGAAUUGAUGCUACUUCUGCUGAAGAAGCUUACGGUGGGGAGUCAGAUAGCAAUGCUGACAAACAAGGGGCUGAGCUGAAAUAUUUUCUUUUAACCAACCCAUUAUUUAUUGGCCAUGCAGAGGAGCUCCUCAAUCUUGACGUGGAUUGUCCCAUGACCCAGCAAAAAUAUGAAAUUAAUGGGAUAGCCAAUCCCAGACUCUAUUUGGAUUGUGCGAAAGAACUCGCUGAGCGUAAAAGCCUGCAAGAUUCACAUCCGAUCUUGCUAACUCGGGCAGGGAACUCAAGAGUACAGAUCUCUUUAGACAAGUUGGUUGAAGAAAUCUAUAAUGCCACUGAGAAGCUGAAGUUUUACACUAUGAUCUCUGCGGACAAAUUCUCUGUAGAUAAUGUUUAUGCCAUGAUGAAAAGAGAUAUAAUGUGCCAUGGGCUGAUAAAUGGAAUAUGGGACUGGGGUUGGAGGUAUGGAUUUUCUGCAGAUGAAUCUGAGCAAGUUGUCAACGAAGUAGAAGGCCUAGUUUUAAGUGGGUUGAUUGAGGAGCUUAUUGUGGAUUUAUGAUUACAUGUUAUGAAACAUGUGGAUAUGCAGUUUUCAAUAGUCAACAACUAAACUAUUGCAUGUCAUAUAAUGUCUGUACACGGAACAGUUUAGAUUGAAUUUGCAUACAUAAAACUCGUGCGUGAAUUCAAUUUUAGCUGUUCAAGUACAAACACUAGGCAUGCAAAAAAUUUCAUAUCUUACCAUCUAUUGGGGGUUUCUUUUAGGCCUAAACAUAGAGGUUGAUUAAACUGACCCAAAAAAGAAGGAAUAGUCCGCUGACUGUGAUAUUCUGCCUUGGAAGGAACUAAGAGGGAGAUUAUAUUUGUGGAUUACAUAUCAAAUGGCCGUUGAAAUUUUA